AUGGCAUUUACUGUUAUAACAAAAACUGCAGAAACAAAAGAUCAUCAUUCAAUUCGUAAAUGGUUUGGUGUUAUAUGGCUUUUAAUUGAAGUCAAUUUAAUUGGUGGUACAAUAUUUGGAUUUCCAGCCUUAUUUAAAAUUUUACCACAAUAUGGAAUUUAUGGUGAUAAUAAUAAUUGUUCAUCAUCAUCAUCAAUGAAUAACACAGAAAUAGAAAAUACAGAAUUAUCUUGUGAAGCCCAUCAAACAAGACAAUAUCAAAAUGCAUUAACAUUAGGAAUUAUUUUGUUUGAAAUUCCAUCUGUCAUUAUUGGUCCAUUGAUUGAUAGAUUUGGAUGUCGAUUUGUUAAAUUAAUUGCAAUAAUAUUUCAUAUUAUCGGAUGGUUAGCAUUAGCACUAGUCACACCUGGACGAGAUGCAUUUUUAUAUGUUCAUACAAGUUUUUCAUCUUUGGCUGGUAUUAUUGUCUUACUAACAGCUUAUACAUCAAGUGAUUAUUUUUCAAAAUCAAGAGCUUUUGUAUCGGCUUUAUUUGCUGGAGCAUGUACGUCAGCUACAAUGUGGUAUUCAAUAUUUCAAGUUUUAAUUGAUGCUAAAAAAAUAACAUUACAACAACUUUCUUAUAUAUGGAUGUCAUUUGGUGUAUUAAUGUUGAUUAGUUCAUUUGUGUUUCUUGAUUGGAGAUUUCCAAUCCUAAAUUUACCCUAUCAAUUUGAUACAAAAUUAGAAAAGAAAAAAAUUCGUUCAAAUAUCAUUAAUAACGAAGAUCAAUCAUCGAACAAUAGUGAAAUAGAUAAAACAAAAUGGUAUAUGCGAAUUUUGAAACGCAAAGGUGUUUGGAAUUAUUUAACAAGUCCAUUGUAUAUAUUAGUUGUUUUAUUUCUAAGUAUUCUAUUAUUGCCGGGAAUUUUUCUUGCUGUGACAUGGUAUCCAUGGGUAUAUUAUAUUACAAAACAAGACACAGUAUUAACUAAUAAAUAUACAUUUGCAUUUAAUUUAUCUACUGUUUCUGCUAUUUUAAUUUGUCCAUUGAAUGGUUUUCUACUUGGAUAUAAAGCUAAUAAAAGUAAGAAACAAAAAUUAUUUAAUAUAUCAUUAAUGCAAACUAUAUCAUGGCUUAUAAAUAUUGUGGCAUGUAUUGUAUGUAUGUUUGCACAAAAGAGUAUGAUUAUUCCAGCAUUAAUAAUCAAUUGUUUUGCACGAGCGACGAUUGUAGGUGGAAGUCAAGCAGUCGUAGCAACAUUCUUUCCAUCACAAUAUAUUGGUACAUUAACAGGUGUUAUGUGGACUUUGGUUGGUGCUGUUGCUACCGCUCAAUAUGGUUUAGUGAAAUUAACAGAUGAUGUUUCUCUUUCAUGGAGAGCAUGGUUAAUUGUAUUAUCACUUGUAAUAUUGAUGUCAUGUCAUUUGAUUCAACUAUGGUGGAAAUAUAUAAGAGAAUUAAGAAAAAACUCAACGGCAACUGUGGAAAAAACAAUCGUAGAUAAAUUUUAA